AAAUUUCUAUUAAUAUUUAUAUAUUAUUUUUGAAAUUCCUUUUCUUUCGUUGCAUGUUUUUAAUGUGCCCCAAUUUAAGCAAAUAAUCGCCAGGCUGGUAUCGGCAGGGCCACAAAAGGUCACACUGGCCGAUGCGGACCUAUCGGCCUAUCGCUCUCCGAUAGCAGCGGUCGCUAUUUGUCCGAACCUAUCGGUGCCUAUCGGGGAGACAACGUUCGCGUGGCUGCUGCGCGCUGUAAAACGCAAAGAAGCCAAAAAGCAAGGGCAAUCGCAUCGCCAGAAGCACAAAACGCUGCUCCAUUUCGGAAAACCCCAGUGCCCGUUUUUGUACCCCGCCGCUGUCACCGCUUAACGGAGCCUCAACCCAAAAUUAUACAGAAUAGUGGAAAAAACCUUUAGUCGAACAGUGUGAAAGUGUAAAAAGAAGGGAAUUAAAUAAAAGUAAAACCGCUAGGCGAGCUCCGCAAAAUGAGUGGGGAUGUGGCUGCCGAAAAUAGCAUCCACAUACAAAAUGGUGGCAGCUGUGAGGUGGUUCAGUCCAACGGGGUGACCACCAAUGGACACGGACACCACCACCAUCACCACAGCAGCGGGAGCAGCAGCAAGCAUAAAUCCUCCAGCAAGGACAAGCACCGUGAUAAGGAGAGGGAGCACAAGAGCUCCAGUUCCUCCAGCUCGUCGAAGGAGCACAAGAGCAGCAGUCGCGACAAGGAUCGACACAAAAGCAGCAGCAGUUCGUCGUCGAAGCAUCGGGACAAGGACAAGGAGCGUGACGGCAGCAGCAACUCGCAUCGCAGCAGCUCAUCAUCCAGCCACAGGGAUAAGGAUGGGAGCAGCAGCAAGCACAAGUCCUCGUCGUCGUCUGGCCACCACAAGAGCUCCUCAAAGGACAAGGAGCGACGGGAUAAGGACAAGGAUCGCAGCAGCAGUUCAUCCAGCCGGCACAAGUCAUCAUCGUCUAGUUCCCGUGACAAAGAACGCAGCAGCAGCAGUCACAAGAGCUCCUCUUCAUCCUCAUCGAAGAGCAAACAUUCCAGUUCGCGGCACAGCAGCUCAUCAUCUUCCUCGAAAGAUCCGCCAUCUUACGAUGGAGUGUUUGUUAAGCCGGAGCCUGUUUCCCAAACGCUAAUGCACUCGGGCCCGGUGGAUCCUUUCCAGCAGCAGCAGUUUGGUGGCUACGAAGCCGCAACCGCUGCCACUUUUAAUGGCAAUGGAAACGAUGGCGGCCUCAACUAUAAGAACGGCUACGAGGAAUCGAUCGUAGACAUCAAAAAGGAGGACGAGAGUUUUAACAAUCUAUCGCAAGCCAGCUCCUGUGACUACUCCAUGUCCCAGUUUCGCGCCGAUGAGCCGCCGUUCGAGGUGAAGAACGAGCAGAGCUACGUCGAAGAGGACAGCACCAUGAACUACAAUGAUCAGGAAGAUGAGCCCGAGGAGAUGGACGACGACGAGGAGGAUGUGCCGCUGGCCAUGCGGAAGCGCAAACAGGAGGCACCCGAUCACGGUGACGGCGGCAUGGAUGACGACGACGACGACAUUCCGCUGCUGGCGCGCAAGAAGGUCAAGAAGGAGAAGAUCAAGAAGGAAUCUAAGGAAAAGUCUAAGAAGCGGGUCAAGGAGGAGCCGAGCGAUGAUUACGGCAGUGCCAAGCCGAAAAAGAAAAAAUUGAAAAAAGAGCCCGAAGUCGUCUCCCCCACCAAACGGCAGAAGACGAAGGUGAAGGAGGAGGAGGAGGAGGUGUGGCGAUGGUGGGAGGAGGAGAAGCGUGCCGAUGGCGUCAAGUGGUCAACGCUGGAGCACAAGGGACCCGUGUUCGCACCGCGGUACGAACGGGUGCCACGCAAUGUACGGUUCUACUACGAUGGCAAGCCGUUGGAACUCUCGGAGGAAACGGAGGAGGCGGCCACCUUCUAUGCCAAGAUGUUGAACCACGACUACUGCACCAAAGAAGUGUUCAAUAACAACUUCUUCAAGGACUUCCGCAAAUCCAUGACGUCCAAGGAGAGGGAGAUAAUCAAGGAUUUCCGCAAGUGCGGCUUCCAGGAGAUGUUCAACUUCUUCCAGGCGGAGUCCGAAAAACGCAAAGCAGCCACCAAGGAGGAGAAGCUGAUCAAGAAGAACGAAAACGAGGCACUGAUGAAGGAAUUCGGAUUCUGCAUGAUUGAUGGGCACAAGGAGAAGAUCGGUAACUUCCGUCUGGAGCCACCGGGUCUGUUCCGCGGCCGUGGCGAGCAUCCCAAAAUGGGCAUGAUCAAGCGGCGCAUUCAGGCCAGCGAUGUGUCCAUCAACUGUGGCAAGGAGUCGAAGGUACCGUCACCGCCGCCCGGAUCUCGCUGGAAGGAGGUGCGACACGACAACACGGUCACCUGGUUGGCCUCCUGGAUCGAGAACGUGCAGGGUCAGGUCAAGUACAUCAUGUUGAAUCCCUCCUCAAAACUCAAGGGCGAAAAGGAUCACAUUAAGUACGAGACGGCGCGACGCCUGGACAAGGUCAUCGAUAAGAUUCGUGCCACCUAUCGAGACGAGUGGAAGUCCAAGGAGAUGAGGGUUCGCCAGCGAGCGGUGGCCCUCUACUUCAUCGACAAACUGGCACUGAGAGCAGGCAACGAAAAGGACGAGGAUCAGGCCGAUACCGUGGGCUGUUGCUCGCUCCGCGUGGAACAUGUCCAGCUCCAUAAGGAACUGAACGGAAAGGAGAAUGUGGUGGUCUUUGAUUUCCCCGGUAAGGACUCCAUUCGGUAUUACAACGAGGUCGAGGUGGAGAAGCGCGUCUUCAAGAACCUCGAGCUAUUCAUGGAGCACAAGAAGGAUGGCGACGACCUCUUCGAUCGACUCAACACCCAGGUGCUUAAUGAGCAUCUCAAGGAGCUGAUGGAAGGACUCACGGCCAAGGUAUUCCGUACGUACAACGCUUCAAAAACACUGCAAAGCCAGCUGGAUCUGUUGACCGAUCCGAGUGCCACGGUUCCGGAAAAGCUGUUGGCCUACAAUCGCGCCAACCGUGCCGUGGCCAUCCUCUGUAACCAUCAGCGUUCCGUGCCCAAAAGCCACGAAAAGUCUAUGGAGAAUCUGAAGGAGAAGAUCAAGGCCAAGCGAGAAGCCAUCAACAAAUGCGAGGCCGAAUAUCAUUCGAGGGACGAAAAGAAGGGCAAACAGCUGGAGCGCCUAAAGGAUCAGCUGAAGAAACUAGAACUACAAGAGACUGAUAGAGACGAGAAUAAGACCAUUGCCCUGGGCACAUCUAAGCUAAACUAUCUUGAUCCACGCAUAUCGGUGGCUUGGUGUAAAAAGAAUGAUGUGCCGAUCGAGAAGAUAUUUAACAAAACGCAAAGAACCAAAUUUCUGUGGGCCGUGCACAUGGCCGAUGAGAAUUAUCGUUUUUAAAUGGGUUCUCCUCACAGCCACGCCUAGACACAAACACACACGUACGCACCUCCCCUCCCCCAUAUACAUACACAAACAGAAACACACACAAGGAGCACAGACAGCGCCGGUUGAAGAAGUAGAGACCGCUAAGGAGAGAAAAAACCACACCCACCACAAGGCCGGUUUAUAGAUUCCAGGCUAGUCCCGCCAUUCCUUGCCCCACAGUUUAUGCAAUAGGUAGUGCAUAUGUCCAGCUUUCGGGCGAGGCAUUUCGGGAUUGUUCGCCAAAAUGAGCGAGACGGGAUGCGGAUGCACUGCACCGUAGUCGGGGAUCAGCUUGUCCGCGUCUGUUUUGUCUGCUUUUUUAGAUCGUUUGAUUGGUUGAAGUGCGCACUACGCUAAAGUCUAACUUGCGAAAUGUACACACCCAACGUAGACACAUGCUCCCACUUCUAUUUGGAUAUGCAUAUAUAUAUUUAUAUAUUAAAUACAAAAGAAGAUGAGAAACCUGUGCAAGACGUCGCCGCCACCUAAAAACAAAAUUAAGAACAUAAUUUUCUGUUUCUAUAAAGCAAUUUUUUUUGUCAAGAUGACUUCUCUUACACUUUAGUUUUACAUAUAAUGCACGCGAAAAAAAACUAUAUAUAAAAGCAAAAAACAAACAAGCGCAAGCAAACGAGAAAUGAUACAAUUUAACGUUUUUUUUAUGUUUACCUAUAGUUGAUUUUGUUUAGCGAAAAAUGUCUUUCACUAUUAAUUAAUAUUACGAUUACGAUUACUACGUAUUUAAGUGCUAACUGAACAGAGAAACCUUGUAGCCCAACUUUUAGCAUAGCAUAAUUUAUUCAAUUCAACUCUGAACCAGCGCAAUUUACCGCCCGCCCCGAAAGUGGAGAACAAAACCGCAUGGAUGUCGAUGUGGUUUCGUUUUGUACCUUAUGAUGAUUUUAGUUAACAUUUAAAAAUAUACAAUUGCUAAAUUGAUUUGCAGACCUUUCUAUACUUUAAGCCCGCAUGAAAAUGCAAUAAUACGAAGACAGGUUUCAAGUUCUUAUCCGCGAUCCAAGCCACCAAAACACUGAAAACCAAUUGCAGAUACAAAUCAAUCAAUUCAAUGAACCAAAACAGAACCACAGCCAACAAACAGUCGCAGCGAAAACUCUAAUCUAAAAGAAUGGAACUUUAUACAUAUAGGAUCUAUAAGUAUGUGCAAUUAAGUGAGCUAAAACUAAAACUUAAACCAGAAGAAAAAACCCUGUAAAAAGCGAGCAUCCACUUGAAUCCAUUGGCACACAACAUAUAUAAUUUGUAACUACCAAUACCAAUCUCUGUAUCGAUUUUAGUCGAUAGCCGUCGGAACAGAGAGCAGUGGAUUCAGGUGGAGCACUUAGGAGGAAACCCAAAUAUCCCGAUCCCAUCAGCUACGAUUAUGAUUUAUGAUGAUUGUAUGUGGCAGUACUUUUAACUAAGCAAAUCGAUGGAAAUUUCUAUUUCGCCUCACGCCCCCCUAGCAUAAAUUGCAAAUGCGCAUUGCAAAUAAAGAACGAACGAUCUUUAUAUAUAAAUAGCAACCCAAACACACAUAUGAUAAUUAGUGAUUAAUGAUGAACACAAACAUCUUUAUACGUAUGUCGUGGAUUUGCAUACGGAAGCGGGACAUUGCUUUUAAAAGGCAACAAAAGUUAAAUAAACAAAUUACGAACUCCCUUCUUAGCCCCGCUCCCCGCCACCCCACUCACAUAUAAACUUGGCAUAUUACAAUAUUGAUAUAAGCAAACAAAAAACAAGAUGCGAAAUGAUAAGAAAAACCACUAUUUUAAAUCGAAAACAAAAUAAAUGAAAAACAAAAUAGCGUAAGUUAAUAUAAUUGUAAUGGAAUGAUGCAAAUAUACAUACAACAUAUAUUUAAUUUUAAAAUUGAA